AUGUCUCUUAGGGAUCCGUCAUACAACCCUCCUUCUGUGUCGGAGCUGCAGGAGUUCCUGCUGGCAGACAGACGACCUACCGGACAUGUCAAUCAAGUCUGGCCUAACCUUUUCAUAGGCAAUGAGGUGGCAGCUCGUGACAAGGGUACUCUCCACAGUCUGGGCAUAACUCACAUUGUAAACGCUGCUCAUAGACCCCCCAGCCCUGAUGCAGGACCCUGUUUCUAUGUCAACACUGGUCCACGUUUCUACAGAGACAUGAAGGUGGAUUAUUAUGGGGUGGAUGCUGAUGAUGCAGUAGACUUCAUCCUUAGUCCUUUCUUUUACCCAACAGCACGGUACAUCAGAGCUGCAUUGGCCGUGGGAGGACGGGUGUUUGUCCACUGUCUGAUGGGUGUGAGUCGCUCUGCAACACUGGUGCUGGCCUUCCUGAUGAUUGUUGAGGGCCUGAGGCUGCAAGAGGCGGUGGCUGCCGUCAGGCCACACAGAGACAUCUGUCCCAACCCUGGCUUCCUGCAGCAGCUCCGCAGCCUCGACAUGGGCCUGGAGAGGGAGAGGAGGAGGCGACGACAGGCCCAAACAUUGUAA